UUCAACAAAUCUGUCAACUAACAGUAACAUCUACUGAAAGAGAAUGACUGGACUUCUUCAGCUGUUGCUACUGGUCAGCGUGACCAUGGCUACCGAGCCAUCGUGUCCAGCAUGUUCCAAAUACGACUACGAAGAAAAGGUGCUUGAGAGAAUGAUCCGCAUGGAAUUCGCUUUUGAGAAAGUGUUAAAGGAAAACAAGGCUGUAAGCAAAACUGUUGAGCAAGACUUAAUGCUGAUCAAGGAGGAAAAUGAACGUUUGCACGCGACCGUUGAUGCCCUUAAGGAUCAACAGGAACAAGCAGAACGCAGACUGGAUUCGCUCAUGGAGGAAGUUGAGAGAAACCAGUCCAGCACACUGGAGAAGAUCUAUUACGAUUCUAACUCAACGUUAGAACAAACUAUUGCCGCCUUCAAUAAUAUAAAAGACCAAAUCGGUAUUCCACUGGUGUACUUCCACGCCCGCACUCCACAGACCACCAGCUUGUCCACAGGUGAUGUGAUCGUGUACAAGACAGUAGAGACCAACCAGGGCAACGGCUACAGCUCCACCACCGGCAAGUUCACCGCCCCAGUAUGGGGACUGUACUCGUUCUUCAUGCACACAUGUACGGCUCCAUCUAAAUAUGCUCAUCUGCAGAUGGUGAAAGAGGGCUCAGUCCUCAUUGCAAGUGUACAGCGCGACAUGGACUAUUAUGCCUGUUCUAGUGGUCAAGUGUUUGUAGAGCUUGAUGCCGGGGAAACUGUCUCGGUACAAUGCUCCUAUGGGGAUUCGAACAGUCAUCUGUAUUAUGAUUCUAGCUAUUGGACCAGUUUUGGUGGUGCUCUCAUUCACAACUGAUGUGUUUAUAUGCUUGUUCAUAGUAAGCCAAAAGGCGGAAAAAGAUACAAUGGACGUGGAAAUGAAUUACACAGUGAUUUAUUUAUUAUUAGCUUUUCUAAAAAUAAAAUGUAAUAAUAACUAGA